UAUUUUAGUUAGUUAUUCGGCGGCAACCGUUACUGGUUUACAGGUCUCUUGGCCUCGGUUAGCAUUAAAAAAUUCCCCGAAAUGCCUUUAUUCUUUUUUUCCAACUCACCUCCUUAAGUGAAUCUUUUUUUUUACAAAAUAUACUUUUAUAGUUAUCUCUCGGACAUACAUAGUUCUUGUGGCAUCAAUCGUCAUUUUUGUUUCUCUGUGCAAGACUUCCCUUCCAUUGAAUCUCUUCUUGAAAUUGGCGUGGGGUGCUUACGGUGUUACAAAAGAAAAUUACUUUUCAAUGUGAAUACUAUUUUUUUUUGCUAUUUAGUGCAACAUAUUUUAUGUACUUAAUCUCUGGCAUUUUAUUUUACAAGACAAAGUAGAAAAAAAAAGAAGUGAGAACAUUUUUUUUACCUUUAGUCUUACCUUUAAAAUGUGAAAUUACUAAUUCACAGUGCAAAAGCAUAUUUUGUGUGUAUGUGUUCCAUAUAGGCAGCGAGUUUCCCAUACAAAGGAAAAGCGAGAAAAGAAGGAGAAAAAGAGUGAAUUACGAAUGGUGUGAAAGAGAAAACAAAGGUGUAUUAAAAACGCCCCGAAUUUAAUAUGGUGACUCAGAAAUUCUGUUAAGUAGGGUUAAAUUCUACCUUAAAAAAAUGUGAUUUUACUACCUAAUUUAAUUUCAAAGAAUAUAAAAGAAGAUUAACAAUUUGUCGUCGUCGUUGUAUAAAUUUCUUUGCAAAUGGACAGAAGAUAAUUUAAUUUGAGUGCCAUAUUCAAAAUAAGAAAAAAAGUGAAAUUUUCAUCGUGAAAAUUAACUGAAGUAAAUAAGUAAAAAAAGACGAAAUCACAGAAGAAUUAAAGAAAAAAGUGUGUUAAUUGGCAAAGUGCGAAGGAAACGCUAUUCUUGUCACAAUGGGAAACUCAUCAUCAUCACAUCACGAACCACUGGAUCGAGGCGGUUUUACAAGAGGCACUUUUGGAGAUGCGAAAUCAGCAUCAAUUCGUCAAAGUAAAAAAUCACCCCGGAAAAUGGAUCGUUUAAGGCGAUCUUUUCGUGAUUCUUUUCGUAGGCGAAAAGAACGUGUACCAGAAUCAUCUAAACCACAUCAAUGGCAAGCAGAUGAGGCAGCUGUUAGAUCUGCAACAUGUUCAUUUGCAGUUAAAUACUUGGGUUGUGUCGAAGUCUACGAGUCACGUGGGAUGCAAGUUUGCGAGGAAGCCCUUAAAGUUCUCAGGAAUUCCAGACGUCGGCCUGUUCGUGGGUUGCUUCAUGUGAGCGGUGAUGGACUUCGUGUGGUUGAUGAUGAAACAAAGGGAUUAAUUGUUGAUCAGACAAUUGAGAAAGUGAGUUUUUGUGCUCCAGAUAGAAAUCACGAGCGUGGUUUCAGCUACAUUUGUCGCGAUGGGACAACACGGCGUUGGAUGUGCCAUGGAUUCUUGGCAAGCAAGGAUUCCGGGGAGCGCCUAUCGCAUGCUGUGGGGUGUGCAUUUGCCGUUUGCUUGGAAAGGAAGCAACGACGUGAUAAGGAAUGCGGUGUGACGAUGACAUUUGAUCUCAAGAAUUCAACAUUCACGCGCAGCGGAUCUUUUCGACAGCAAAGUCUCACUGAACGUUUGGCUGAGGGUACAGCACCAAUGGCAACAGUUGCACCACAGCCGAAACCCUUCAAUCCAUUUGCAAUUGAAAGGCCACACGCUACGCCAUCAAUGUUGGAGCGUCAAGGUAGUUUUCGGGGAUUCAGCAAUUUAGGCAGUGGGUCUCCAUUCAAACGCCAAAUGUCGUUACGCAUAAAUGAUCUUCCGUCCAAUGCUGAACGCCAACGGGCCUUCCUUGAUCUUGCCACACCACAAUCACAGAGAUCUGUCUCACCAAUCCCGGAGGUGUCACCGCAUCAAAUCACAGGAUUGGAUACAGUUAGUCAGCUAUGCCAGGAAAUGAGUCAAGAAUUGAAUUUUCUCGCUAAGAGUGAUGAUCUAGAUCUAGACUUUGCAAAUACAGCAAAAGACCCCAAUAGUGCAGCUGUACUUCUCAAUUCAGCCCCCACUAGUCCAGAGGGAGCUGUAGGUAUAAGUGGCGGAAAGAUCGCAUCCACUAGCCCCUCUGUGGUGUCUCCCACAUCACCCACGGCAUAUUCUCAGCCACCAGCAACUAGCCGCUCACCCGUAGCUGCUUCAUUGCCGUCACCAACAAAAGUUGUACCCAUUGAAGCUGCGCAUAACUUACCGAAUGCUGACCAGUGGUUAGGGCAGGUGGCACAAAAUCCAUCUCCACCAAUCCCACGAAGAGCUCCGCCACUUCAUGCACGCACAAAGUCUCUCAGUAGUGCUGCAGAUCCAUUUGAUGCUGAAUGGGUGGCACCAAUUGUUAAAACUGAGUCAGGGCACAAUACGAAUCCUUUCAUAUCACCACCCAAACCACCCGCUGAAUCUUUUCAAGUCCAACUAUAGACAAAUUAAUUAAUCCCUCCCUCUUCUUUACUUGAUGCCCCAUCUUCUUGUACUUACUUACACAAAUGAUUAUGAAAUAUAAUUCCACCGUGUUUCACAAA